AAGAUGUAUCGACGAUUUAAGGAGAAUUGGCGUUUUGAAAUAUCACUGCGGAUUCCAGACAUAAGUAUAAUUCUCAUUCCAACUAUCUGUUGUGUCCCAUGUUGCUACCACUACACAUGUCGUCAAAACAGCGCCUAUCACCGACACAAAUGUUCACGCACGUUUUUGAGGUACUACUCGAAUUUUUUCCACUAUACCGUAUUCUUUCUGUCCUUAUUGUGUGCGGUGACACUUAUCAUUUUAAAUCUUGUGCUUAUAUCGUCUGUUCAUAUAAUUGGCUGGAACACUAUUCCACCGGAAAUAAAUCGAGUUGGUCCAUGUUUUUUCAUUGUUUGCAUUAGUUUUUUGCCCAGUUCGCAAUCAAUUCAUGCCGCUAUCCUACCGUCGCCACUGUUUUCACCACAGUCACUCGAGAAAAAUGUGAACGAUGCUUUUCUGUUAUCUGAUAACAAGGCGUCUACGGUGUGUAAGCCGUUCUGGGAAGAUGGUGAGCUCGGACUGGGUUUUCGUCGAAAGCAGGCAGGCCCGUGGCAAACUAGAAGACGAUUCGGUGACCGACUAAUUGUUCCGACUCAAGUGAUAGCGAACAACACUGUUCCUGAGGAUUCACAUCUCAAGCUCAGAUUUGAUUAUGCCAUUCUCACGGAACUCGGAGCAACUCAUAACCGGAAGUUCAGUUGCGCUCGAGGAGAACAAAGUGAAUGGUAA